UGGAUGGUCUGGCGAAAACACAAAUUUUAGGAUGGAGGAUUUGAUCAAGGCACAAGGCUCAACAACAGAAUAUAUCGCUGUAGCGUUAUCAGUUUACAGAUUUACUAACGAUAAAACUGUCAUCAAUCUUGGCGAUGGUUUAAAAUCUUCUUGUAACGUCACUCAAACUAUCCAUGCCCUGUCCAAUAAGCGAAGGCGACGGAGAAAUGUCGGAGAGAAUGUGAUAUUUGUAGGACAGAAUCGGAAACUUAUCAAUGAAAAAUCUUACAGUGCAUUCGUCGUGUCAACAACGCCUUGUGGAAAUGAUAUUUGCUUGCGAACGAGUCCGUCAAUAUUAUUGAAAACAAAAUCGUUCGAGUUCAACAUCGUCAGUUUUGUGAUCGGUUUUCUUAUUCCUUUGAUCUUCUACGUAGUCUUUGCCUUAAUCAUAUACAAACAGAUGAAGAAGAUAAAGAAGUUGGAGAAAAAUGCAGAAGCGAAAGGACACAAUUAUGAAACUAUACAAGAAAAAGCAACUUCCUCCAACGACCCAGUUACUCAACCAUCAUAUUCGAACGUGCUAGAAGAAACUGCCGGUUACGAACAAGUUCUACCUGCAACAACUAAGCAAACACAAGUGGAAUCAGCUUACGAAACUUACAACGCCUAAUGAACUCGAGAUAUGCAGUAUCUACUAGAACAUCACAAAAUGGAAGAAAACAUGUUGAAUUUUAUAAAACACUAUGUAAACAUUCGUGUAGGUGUUGAUCGACAUUUCUAUGUUACAGCCGGACCAGGACAUUAUUUGUCUCUAUUCACUUGCUUACUAAGAGUGUAUUGAGCUCCUUGUGCUAUGCCGUAAACAUGUAUUGUCAUACAUUUUUUUAAACGACCUAUUUAGUUCUGUUAAUGCUGCGCUUUCCAUCAUAUUACAAUAAAGAAAAUCAAAAAGCGGUAUUUGAAAAGUUUACCAAUUUUCUAUUGAUCGUUGUUACUUCCACCACAACAACUAAUUUGUGUUUUAUUGUGCUUCCGUGUCUAAUAAAGAGAAAAGAUCGUCAAAAGUUAAUUACAUAAGGACU